AUGGCGGCUUACGACGGAGCAGGAAAUCCCAGGGAGCACGUCUUGAAUUAUAAGAUUUUUAUGGAGUUGCAGACUUUAUCAGAUGCCUUGAUGUGCAAGGUAUUCCCAACGACGCUUACGGGGCCGGCACGGGCAUGGUUUAAUAGCUUGGAGGCUGGGAGUAUCAGGAGCUUCGGGGAUCUAGCCAACGCCUUCAUCAGCCGGUUCAUAGCCGGAAUACUAGCGGAUAGAAAGACCAACUAUCUGGAGACAGUCAGGCAGAAAAGGGACGAGUCGCUGAGGGAGUAUGUUGCCCGUUUUAAUACCGAGGCCCUACAGAUUCCCGAUCUGGAUGAGGGAAGAGCGGUGGAGGCCAUGCAGAAGGGGACGAUCUCCGCUGAAUUUUUUGGCUCGUUGAGCAGAAAGCCCCCCACCACGCUGGUAGAACUGAUGAAGAGGGCAGAGAAAUAUAUAAGGCAAGAUGACGCCUUAAUGACGAGUAGAUUCGCCAAGGGGGCGGAAGACAGAGGAAAAGCCCCCGAAGAAAGGAGAUCGGAGAGGCAUGAGAAGAAGCAGGCCAAGAAACCUGAGCCCUACCGGCAGCCCUGGGACCGGAGAGACCAGAGACCUUUCCCUCCUCAGGUUCCGGAACAAAAGCCAUUCCCUCCGCGAAUUCCGAAGAACCUGACCCCGCUCAACGCAUCCAGAGCCGAGGUGUUCAUGGCAGUUCAGGAUAAGGAGUUCCUACAAUGGCCCAGGCCUAUGAGGGCAGAAGCAGACCAGCGAAAUCCUGACAAGCUGAUAAAGAGGAGACACCUCAGGAACUUUGUGAAGAAGCCGGAGGGGCAGAGGCCUCAACUGAACCCAGCAGCACAAGCACCCAGGAGGACGGGAACAGGACCUGUGAAUGAUGGCUCCAGCGGAACCAUCAACAUGAUCGUUGGGGGAACUGGAGGUCGGAUGAGCCGGAGGGGAAGGAAGAGAGGCUGA